GGGAGAGAACGGACAAUCAAUCACCCGAGUCGCGAAUCGAACCCAGGUUCCCCCUUUGUUCCUUCCUGAUUCGCCACUCGACACAGGACGAUGACGGGCGUGCGCCUCCCACACUGCCAUCCCAAAUUCCGCUCAUCGCCUUCUGCGAGGUGACCAACUCGGGGCACGCCUCGCGGCCUUUAGGGGCCACAAUUAUGAAGGCGGCGGCGGUGGGGAUGUCCGCGAGCUGCCUCCCAUCCUCUAAUUGCCGGUAAUUUCACGGCGUCCUUGGGAGCAUUAUCGGUCACGUCCCAGUUGCAUAUCCCCAGCCGGGCUAAUGAGGUGGGUGGGAGGGUCGCUUUUAUAAGGCCGCGCUGCACCGUGCUUGGCAAGUUUGGGGGAUUUCUUUCGUGCUCUUCUUGAAACCACGGGUCAGGCGUCUGCCGACUGACGUGCUGCUGCUGCUGCUGAUGUGCUGCUGAUGUGCUGCUGAUGUGCUGCUGAUUGUAUUUUUGUUUUUGAAUCUCUUUACCGCGAGUCGACUCGACGGCCUCUGUAAUCAUGGCCAGCUAUUCGGACAGGAGCGAGCUGUCCGUGGUGCUGAAUGAACUUUGGCGAGCCGACAUCAAUCGGCUCACCCCGUGCACCGAUUACUCCAUCUGCCUGCAGGCCGAGGCCAGCCCACGUGGACACACGGACGAGGCUCCCAAGCGACUCUUCCACUUCGUGGACGAGAAGAAGCUGAAGGGAAUGAAGACCUACUCGAGCUUCAUGGCAAUGCUGGACAACUACGAGGCUGGCGUGGGGACUCCGGAAUGUCUGAGCGCAGAAGAGUUGAAGGAAAUUGACGACUUCCUUGACGCCGUGAUGGAGACCCAAGUCGUGAAGAUCGCACACAAGUAUCUCGUCUCAAAGGGCUGUUCCUCACCCGACACGGACGCCUUCAAGAAGCAGUUAUUCCAGAUCUGGUUCGAGCUCUACAGCAGGAGCGAUAAAACCGAGCCGGACUCGUGCGGCUUCGAGCACGUGUUCGUGGGCGAGACGCGUCGCCGUGACGUCACAGGCUUCCACAACUGGCUGCAGUUCUACCUGCAGGAGAAGCGUGGCGCUGUCGACUACCACGGUUACGUCUCCAAGCGCAAGCGCUGCGCAAAGCCCGACGAGGAGGACCAGCUGAUCGCGGUGCAGUUCACCUGGAAGGGCCUCGUCAAGCCGAUCGGCGGCUCCUUCAUCGGCACCAGCCCCGAGUUCGAGCUGGCGCUCUACACCAUCUGCUUCCUGCUGUGCGAGGGCCACUCCACCACCACGCCAGUCGACAUCGACGUCUACCACUGCCACGUGAUCGUGCACCGCAAGGGGCCGCACGUCGCCACGGCCUACCCGGUCCUGCUCGAGAUCAACCGCGAGCCCUUCGAACUGGGACGGGCGGCCGACGACGACUUCGGUGUCGGCGUCGGCGGCUCCGGCGGCGGCUCCGGCGGCGGCCCCGGCGGCCCGCCCGACGCCUCCGUCACGCUGCGGCGCGAGGCCGGGGGUGACGGCGACGGCGGCCGCGGGCCUUCGCCUGACCCCGGGCGCUUGCCCGGUGCCGGUGAGAACGCGGCGGAGGGCGGCGCCGACGGCGCCGACGGCGCCGGCCUCCGCGUCGAGGUGCUGCCCCCAACGCCGCGGGGUUCCUGCUGCUCUGGCUGCUGCCCCGACGAGACGCCCGAACAUAGCUCGAGGCCCAAAGUCGUCGGGGUGGCGGUGGGGGAGGAGCCGGGAUCCUGCUGCUGUCCCGCCCCCUCCUCCCCCUGCUGCUGCUCCUCCUGCCGACACCAACACGGAGGUCACGCCGGAGGUCACGCCGGAGGUCACGCCGGAGGUCACGCCGGGGAGCAUCGCGGCUGUCUGCCGGCCGUGACGGCCUGCCGCGGACGGGCCGCGACGCCGCUCGACGGCCCGGGCGUCCGCGGGUGGUGGCAGCGGCACCACCACCACCACCACCACGACGAGCGCUGCCGCGUCGGAGAGUUUCACGGCCGCGGAUGCCUCGGCUGCCGCCACCACCGACAAUCUCGGCACCGCCACGACGAAUGCCCCACGUGGAAUGAGCGCUCGUUCCCGCUGCCGUCUCAUUCCACGGCGGCGGCGGCGGCAGCCCCGUGCUGUCCCGCCGACGCGGCCGCGGCCGCCGGCGCCGCCGCGGCGCCGCUGGCGGCGUGCUCCAGCGGUGACGAAGCAAAACCCGCCGACCACGACCAGCGCCCGGACGGCGGCGUCGUGUCGACGAUCUGCGGCAGCAUCCUGCCACUCGCGCCCAACUACCUGACGCACCCCACCGCCGGCGCCGGCGCGGCCACCGCGACCGCCGCGGCCGCCCCCUUAGAUCUGUACGAGGCCCUGGGCCUCAACAAAGUGGCGCGGGGCGCGCAGGGCCCGCGACCGGCGCCCGCCGACUCGCCCUCCUACAAAACGGCGUCGGACGACGGUGGGACCCUGGGGCGCCACUGCGCGCGGGCCACGGGCUACGCUGGCAAUCGCCGGACGUCGGCCGGAGCGAUGCCGCUGCAAGCGCCGAAGGCUCAUCCGGCCCACGUCGGCGCUUCGAGGGGUCUCGGAGUGUCCGGGUUCCACUACGCCAGACCGGCGUAUUUCGCAAACGCCGGCUGCGGCGGCAGGGAAGGCCUAGCCUACGGUCGACGGCAGUCAGUGGGCUGGUGCGGUGCCGGAGUUGGUCACCCACAGCUGGGUUGGUCCCAGGGAGGGUGGAUCGGGUACCGGCACGGGCACCUAGGGUCGAGCCUGGGUCUACGUCAGGGGUCGGGACUUGCCCAUGUGGGGUUGGGGUCGGGGCAUACCCAUGUAGAAUCAGGCCACGGCCAACUAGGGUCCGGCCACGCCUAUCUAGGGUCAGUCCACGGCCAACUUGGGUCCGGCCACGCCUAUCUAGGGUCAGGCCACGGCCAACUUGGGUCCGGCCAUGCCUAUCUAGGGUCAGGCCACGGCCAACUUGGGUCCGGCCAUGCCUAUCUAGGGUCAGGCCACAGCCAACUUGGGUCAGGCUAUGCCUAUCUAGGGUCAGGCCACACCCUGCUUGGAUCAACCAAACCCCAUGUAGGGUCAGGUCACGCCCAUGUAGGGUCAGGCCACGCCCAUGUAGGAUCAGGCCAUGCCCAACUUGGGUCAGGCCAUGCCCAACUUGGGUCAGGCCACACCCAUGUAGGGUCAGGCCACGCCCAACUUGGGUCAGGCCACGCCCAUGUAGGGUCAGGCAAAACCGAUGUAGGACCAGGCCACGCCCAACUUGGGUCAGGCCACAACCAAUUUGGGUCAGGCCACGCCCAUGUAGGGUCAGCCAAAGCCCAUGUAGGGUCAGGUCACGCCCACAUAGGAUCAGGUCACACUCACGCAGGAUCAGGCCACGCCCACGUAGGGUUAGGCCAUGCCUAUAAAGAGUCAGGCCAUGCCCAUCUUGGGUCAGCCAAAGCCCAUGUAGGAUCAGGCCACGCCCAUGUAGGAUCAUGCCACGCCCAAGUUGGGUCAGGCCACACCCAACUUGGGUCAGGCCACGCCUAUAAAGAGUCAGGCCAUGCCCAACUUGGGUCAGGCCAUGCCCAUGUAGGAUCAGCCAAAGCCCAUGUAGGGUCAGGCCACGCCCACAUAGGAUCAGGUCACACCCACGCAGGGUCAGGUCACACCCACGUAGGAUUAGGCCACGCCCAUGUAGCGUCAGGCCACGCCCAUGUAAAUGUGGACCAUGCGCACAUUAAAUCGGACCAUGCCUACAAGGAACUGGGCAAGCUGACACAGUUAAGCUAUGUCCGGUUAGGAUCGGGCCUUGUCGACUUAGGAUCAGGCCAUGCCCACAAGGUGUCUGGUCGUUCGACUGAAUGGGGAUCAGGCCACGCCUACACUGGGUUAGGCCACGCCCAAACUGGGUCAGGUCACGCUCACGUGGGGUUAGGUCAUGCUCACAAGGGACUAAGCCACGCCCACAAGAGUUGAGAUCAUUCCCACAUUGGGCGAGGCCACUCCCGCACUGGGUCAGGCAACGCCCACACUGGGUUAGGCCACGCCCACUCAGAGUUAGGCCACGCCCACACAGGGCACUACCAAUCGUCCCACGAGCUGUAUACUCACCGGCAAAAGUAGCUCCAGAACUCCUUUUAACUAAACAGCAAUUCGAUAAAAAAAUGUAAACCUCCGAUUAAAGGAUUCGUGAUCUAACUGAAGAUUUAUUACCGACGGUCAUUGAUUGUCCACAACAACAAAAAUGAUGCUCGUUGUAAUUACUGGCGAAAUCUCAUACUCAGAUUGUAAAUGUUGUGGAUUUAC